ACUGGGGACGCGGGGGGGUCGGGGGGCGGAAUCUCUGCAGCAGGGCAGAGCGCGGCCUCGGUCGCGGAGCGGAGCCGCAGGGCGGCGGCGGGAGCGCGGGGGGCACCGGAGCCUUUCGGCCCGGGAGGACUGGGGAAGUUCGCGCUGGCGGCAUGGGGCGGUGACGCCGCACUGGCCUUCCGCUCUUGCCAGCCGGUUGAGAGCAGGCGGAGGAGGAGGAGGAUGCAUCCUCGCCGACGGCUUGCCUUCCCGGGCCGGCGCGCAGGCACCUUGCAGAACAAGGAGUAGCUUGCUGACUUUGAACACGUGGCAAAUAUUUCAGAAAGCUUCAAGAUCAAGGUUGAGAAAGGAACAGUUAUUCUUCCAAAUUCAUCUGCUUCAGCUAUUAUUCUUAUUGGGAAUGGACAAUGGAAUGUUCUCUAGCUUUAUCAUGAUCAAAAACCUCCUUCUGUUUUGUAUUUCCAUGAACUUAGCCAGUCACUUUGGCUUUUCACAAAUGCCAACCAGUUCUGUAAAAGAUGAAACCAAUGACAACAUCACAAUAUUCACCAGGAUCUUGGAUGGGCUCCUGGAUGGCUACGACAACAGACUGAGGCCUGGGCUCGGAGAGCGUAUCACUCAGGUGAGAACGGACAUCUACGUCACCAGCUUCGGCCCGGUGUCUGACACGGAAAUGGAAUACACCAUAGAUGUGUUUUUCCGACAAAGCUGGAAAGACGAAAGGCUUCGGUUUAAAGGGCCCAUGCAGCGCCUGCCUCUCAACAACCUCCUUGCCAGCAAAAUCUGGACUCCAGACACCUUCUUCCACAAUGGGAAGAAGUCCAUUGCCCACAACAUGACCACGCCCAACAAGCUGCUGCGGCUGGAGGAUGAUGGCACUCUGCUCUACACCAUGCGCUUGACCAUCUCGGCAGAGUGCCCAAUGCAACUUGAAGACUUCCCGAUGGAUGCUCAUGCCUGCCCUCUGAAAUUUGGCAGCUAUGCAUAUCCUAAUUCUGAAGUUGUCUAUGUCUGGACCAAUGGCACAACCAAGUCGGUUGUGGUGGCAGAAGAUGGCUCCAGGCUGAACCAAUACCACCUGAUGGGGCAGACAGUGGGCACAGAGAACAUCAGCACCAGCACAGGUGAAUACACAAUCAUGACGGCUCAUUUCCAUCUGAAGAGGAAGAUCGGGUACUUUGUCAUCCAGACCUAUCUCCCCUGCAUAAUGACUGUGAUCUUGUCGCAAGUGUCCUUUUGGCUGAACCGAGAAUCAGUUCCAGCCAGGACAGUGUUUGGGGUGACCACGGUGCUGACUAUGACGACCCUCAGCAUCAGUGCCCGGAACUCUCUGCCCAAAGUGGCUUAUGCGACGGCCAUGGACUGGUUCAUAGCCGUGUGCUACGCUUUUGUGUUCUCUGCGCUGAUCGAGUUUGCCACCGUCAACUAUUUCACAAAGAGAGGCUGGGCCUGGGAUGGCAAAAAAGCCUUGGAAGCAGCCAAGAUCAAGAAAAAGGAGCGUGAACUUACACUAAAUAAAUCAACAAAUGCUUAUACUACUGGGAAGAUGACCCACCCCCCAAACAUCCCAAAGGAGCAGACCCCUUCAGGGACCUCAAAUGCCUCUUCAGCCUCAGUAAAACCUGAAGACAAGACUUCUGAAAACAAAAAGACUUACAACAGCAUCAGCAAGAUAGACAAAAUGUCCCGAAUUAUAUUCCCAGUCCUGUUUGGCACUUUCAACCUAGUUUACUGGGCAACAUAUCUGAAUAGGGAGCCAGUGAUUAAAGGGGCUACCUCUCCAAAAUGAGCUGCCAUGCUCCCAAACUCCAAGACAGUCAUACGUUCAGUGACGGGCACCAAGGAGAGGUUGAGCUUGGGGGACCUCCCUUUUUUGGGCACUAUCUUUCAGGAAAUUUUUGCAUGUUUAAUAAUAUGUACAAAUAAUAUUGCCUUGAUGUUUCUAUAUAUAAUGUCAGAUGUUUCAAAGAUGUCACAUUGAUAAAUCAAGCCACUUUCUAGAAAAACAGGAGACAAUGGCUCUGAUACUCAGAUGCUCAGUAUCUUACAUUGAUAGUUUACAAACAAGUAUAUUUUUAACUGUUCCAAGUGUUACCUAACAAUGUUUUUUAUACUUUGAAUGUCAUUUCAUACAAAUUUUCCCAGCAAAUAAAUAUUUUAGGAAAUACUCCAUGAUUACUACUUGACCAACUCUCACAAGAAACAAAUAUCACAAAGAGCACAUUUUUCAUUGAAAAAGAACCUGUGGGCAUUUAUGUACAAAACUAAUUGCCUUUGAUAAUUCUUACUGUUCUGAAAUUAAAAGUACUGCAUGAUCUUAUGUUAAGAAAUAGAAUAAACAAAUAUUUAUGCAGACAUUUAAUAACAGAAAUAUAUGAUAUGUUAGAUUAACAGAUACAAUGUUUCCCCAAGGAAAAAUUUAACUGCUUAAAAAUAGUUUUUGUGGGGGAGGUGGGAAUGAAACUUACUUCUCUCCCUCCGACUCCCCCCACUAACUGAACAAUGACCAAGAAAGAAAAGAUCUUAAAACAAAAAGUAGUGUGAUGACAGUCUUGGCAUUUGGCCUGAGCAUCCACUGUCUGAAACACUGACCACACCUCACUGCAGACAGUGUGUAGUGCUUCAGUGGUGAGAAAUUGUAAAUGAGUUAUUUUCCAUUUUAUUUCCCUGUAUGUUAUUUCAUGAUUGACUUAUUGCUCUGUUAGCUUUUGUAUAUGAACCUUAAAUGUUCAUUAAAAAAUAAACUGAUCUUGUGGA